AUGCUCAACCUCAACAAGGAUUGCAUUGUCUUCGACGAGCCGGACCGGAAAUUUCUCCCCGGUGACACUGUAUCCGGACAUGUUACGUUUGUGACCAAGUCGCCGACGAGCGCCCGCUCCCUCGACAUUUCGUGGAUCGGAUUCGCGUGGACUCGCUUGUAUGCGUUAACAAAGCCCUAUAACUCAACCACCUACUUCUCCGAUCAGUAUACCGCUUGGAGCUCUAAAGAUGGAAAGGUAGACUAGUUCUAGUUCGAUGCAACCCCUCCAUAACAUGUUUUAUUUCAGGAAAAACUUCCAGCUGGCAAACACUCGUUCCCCUUCUCCUUCAAGCUACCGAAGGAAUGCUCGCCGAGCUUCAAGGGACAGAACGGAGGCAUCGAGUACUUUGUCAAGGUGGCCAUGAAUCGACCACGUUGGCGCAAGAAUCUAGAGUUCAAGAAGCGCUUUCCUGUUACUAACGAGCCCGUAGAAACGAGAAAAAGUGACGCGUACAAAAAAACGCCACUGAAUUUCCAUAUUGCACUUGGAACCGGUGGCUAUUGUUGCGUUUCAUUCGGCGAAGUCAAGAUCUCCGGCAGCAUUCCCGUGGCGCAGGAGUUCGGUAAGACGAUGCACGUGACGCUGACGGUCGAGAACAUGAGCAGCAAGCCGGUGAAGUACGUGAACUUGCACAUCACUCAAUGGUCUCAUUAUCACGCUCUCAAAACGUCGUGUAAAUGGGCAGCCGGACACGAGUGUCCUCUCAGUUCGUAUGCAACGAGCACCUGUUCUGCCGGCCUUUUCAAGCAGAAACUCAAGUUUCACGUGGCGCCGAUGAUGAAAAAGACGCAAGAGUUUGAAGUGGAGCUACCCGCCAAACGUCCGACAAUUUUCACGGAUCCACUGAUGGCAGUCACAUUCGACUUCCGAUUGUCCGCUUCGAACUCUUCAGAAGGGCCGAAGAGCUUCACAGGGAUGGGUUCAAUGGCAUGA